AAGGAAGGAAAGGAGGCCGCUUCUCCGUGUCAUAGCAGCCCCACCGGGCCGGGAGGCGAUCGCCAUGGAAACCCAGGCCCCGGUCCCGCCCCUGCCCCCCGCGGGAGAGCAGCGGCGGGGCGUGGGUGCCGCCGGGAGCCCGGCCGGAGCUGCGGCUGGGCCGCUGGAAGGCGGCAGCCACUGCGGUGGCUCCCUCCCCGGGCACCGCCAGGUAGAGCGCGAGGCGGGGGCGAUUCCCGGGCCGGGGAGGGAAGGAGGGAGAGGCGGGGCGUGCGGCGCGCAGGCCGGGCCCGCUCCCCCACCCGCCUCCGCCGCAGCCCGGCCUGGCCUCCCACCUGGUGCCAGGUGCCCACCCGCCAUCUUCUCCCGGACCCCCGGCACCCUCCGCCCCGCGCCGUGUCCCACGGCCUGGGGCUGCCCGGCAGCAGCCCACGGGAGCGGAACGGAGCCUAGCUCGCCAGGGCGGGGCUUGUUUCUCGUCCCCGAUCCGCACGGAGAGGCCCUGACGGGUUGCUAUGGCCGAGGAAGCCGCCGCGGCGGCGGCGUGCUUCAGCGAGGAUGAUUUUUACUGUCCCGUCUGCCAGGAGGUGUUCAAAACGCCCGUGAGGACUGCGAACUGCCAGCACGUGUUUUGCAGGAAGUGCUUCUUGACAGCUAUCAGAGAAAGUGGAACACAUUGUCCUCUCUGCCGGGGGAGCGUGACUAAAAAAGAAAGAACAUAUCCCAAAAGGGCUCUAGAUGUUGAAAACAGUAUGAAGAAAGCUUCUGGGGGCUGUAGAUGCUGUGAGAAGCAGGUUAGAUUUUCGUGGAUGAGACAGCAUUAUAAAACGUGUAAGAAGUAUCAGGAUGAAUAUGGUGUUUCUUCUAUUAUUCCAAACUUACAGAUUUCCCAAGAUUCAACAGGGAACAGUAGCAGGAGUGAUGCAAUAUCUGAUAAUGGCGAGAUGGCUAAUAAUCAAAUACUUCAAGGAGAAACAAGUGGACACCCAACCUUCAAAUGCCCCUUGUGUCAGGAAGCCAAUUUUACCAGACAACGCUUGCUGGAUCACUGUAAUAAUAGACAUCUUUAUCAGAUAGUUCCUGUAAUCUGUCCUAUUUGUGUAUCUCUUCCUUGGGCAGAUACUAACCAGGUUACUAGAAAUCUUGUUAGCCAUCUAAAUCUAAGACACCGGUUUGACUACGGAGAAUUUGUGAAUCUUCAGCUUGAUGAAGAAGCCCAAUACCAAAAUGCAGUUCAAGAAUCCUGUCAUAUCAGCAAUGCAGAGCAGGGUUUUUUCCACCUUUCAUUGAGAAAGAAUGAGGCCAUUGCCAAGGAAUAAUUACAUCCUUUUUUUCCCUUUUUGGAGCAUAACUGAAAUAGGACACUUGCUUACUAAAGUGAUGGGUGAGGAGUUUUCCUUGUACUCCCAACUACUGAGGAAGAUGACAUACUUUCUGAGCAAUUCAAGAUGACGUGCAAAAGGUAUACUUUUUUGGUAUAUGACUGAGACCAGCUAGUUUUUCAUUUUGUUGGAGCUUUUUAAGAACUUCUCUGUUGUUGCAUUUGGAAUUCAAGUUUUGGUCUGUCCUGUCUUUCAUGGAAGGCUGUGUGACUAAAGAACUAAUUGGCUUCAGAGCUACCAACGCUCGGAAAUAAACUUGUUUAUUUUGGUAAGACUGUUUAAAACUUGGACAUCUCCUGCAUCCAAAGGCUUUGAAAAAACAGUUGAGAAGAAAAGCUUGCUCUAAGAUAGUUACCAACAUAUUUUAAGAUUUCCUAUUCUAGAUUUCCAUAUUCCCAGCAAGACUGUCAUUAAAAUCAGAGAAAAGAGAGCAAUAAUGCAAUUUUGAAUUUAAAUGGAAAAUCCAUUUGUAAAACAACUAAGGUCUUUUAUUCAAUACUAAUGGGGAGAAGGGGAAAGAAAGCUGCACGGCUUAUAUUUUGUAGAUUUCAAUAGAGACUGUUCUGAAUGUAUACCUUUUAGGACUGACACUUCAUCCUGCGUUGCCGUAGCCCAUUCUCAAACUACUGUUCUUAAUGGGUAUUGUAUACGUAGUGGAGAACAUCCCCAGUAAUGUUCCUAGUCUAGUUGGUGAUUUGUGUGUAAUAAUACCAGUUGUGCAGCCAAAGUACAACCUGCUCCUUGUGCCCUGGCUCCCAUUUGCUCUCCAAAUAGAGGUUUUGAUAAUUCUUUAAAUACUGGAAUAUUUCAUAUUCCAAAACUGGUAAGGUUGAAAUGCCUCAUUCCGCCAUGUAAUGCAUUUCAGAGCCGAAUCUUAGUUCUAAUAUGUUGAGUGUUGGAACUAAAACACUAUACAGUAUAACUCGACAUUUCUAUCUUCUGGGUUUUUUUAAGAGUGUAAAAUAUUACUGAAGGCAUAGCUGGCUAAAAUACAGAGAAAGUUGGCUAUUUCAGAAACCGCUAAAGGUUAUAUCCUUUUUAUAACAACUUAACAUCUUGCAUUUUUUUACUGGCUUAAUACAGUAUUUUGACAGCAGGCCACGCUUUGAUCAUGUACUCCAACUUCCCUGUUUGCCCCCCAUACUCUUGUCUGCAUACUCUCACUUGUCUGUCAGCUGUAGUGCUUGUGUGACCACAUACUGGUUUGGAGUGGUUCACUGAUCCAACUGAAAAGGUGGUUUGGAUUUUUACUUUCUCUUUUGCUGUAUAAAGCCAACUAUGAAAUAGUGCCCUGAGACAGAAAGGAAUUUCAAGGUACCCUGAUGCUAAGGUUUUAGCUUUUUAAAAUAAAAACGCAUACCGUGGUGAUUUUAUUACUGCAUACAUUUCCUAAGGAAUUUAAUAGUUAUAUCUAAGUUUAAUUAACUUUUUUAGAUUCAAUAAAAUAUUUAUAUGAUCUGGCAAUAAAUGCCUACAGCCAAUACAGAUUCAGAAUGCCUCAUGGACACUGGAACUAGUUAUUUCUAUUACUUGAACAUAUCUUGAGAAUUGCAAAUUAAAUUACAUCUACUUUAAAACUCUGGGAAACAAAUUUUUCUAUAGCAAUAAUUAGUUGUCACUUGAUGCAUAGUUGCUGAACAUUUUAGUCAUUUAAAUGUUGAGAGACUUGGAAUACACGUUUUAAAACAACAAAUGUGUAUAAAUGCAAUAUAAAAAACCUUGCAAAAUGUUUAUUUGCAUAUGUUAAAAUCUGUAUUGGCAGGCGCUGCCUUGCUUAAGAUGCUGUACUUUUUAAUACGGAGAGAUUGCAUCCAAUACAUUCAUUAGGUAAGCGUUUAAUGAAAAUGAAACUAUUUAAAUAUGCUGCUGCUGGUCAUGAUCUUUUUCACUGAAACUCAGACAUAGGCAAAAAGCUGUGUAUUUGUGAUGGGUGAUGCUUGUACUCGAAACAUGCAAUCUUUACUAGAAGAUUGCUGUUUAACAAUGUUUUCAUGUUCACGUUGCAUUGUGUAUGGUUUCAAUAUGGUAUAUUAUGUUUGAAUUGUACCUUCUAUUUUUUUUCUAUUAAAAUAUUUUAUUUUAUUUUUGUCACUUUGUUACAUAAUAAAGAUGAUCAGUCCCCUUGGUGC